UACACGCUAUAAGAGUGAUGGAAUUAAAGGGAGUAUACGAUUAUACAAUGAGAUGGUAGGUCAUGUGACCCUUGUGGAGUCCCAGGACUAAGGCAACCCAAUUGUACUUGAUAACUCAUCACUAAUUUAUGUUGGAGGCUCACCUUUAGUCUGGAAUGAUGUGCUAGCAAUGUUGGAUAUUGCAACUCAACAAAUAAUAUGAUGAAAUUGCUGUACCACAGGCUAGUGGCUCGCAUGCUUGAAAAUUCACUUCUGCUGUCAUUCAAGCGUGUGUCGUCUGCUGAAACUGGAAGAACAAGAGCGAUCUAGAAAGUGAGAGAAAAUUGUUAAAAAUUGCCCAGUGAGACAACAUAUUUUUUCUUAUCACGCUCGCUGGGAUAAACGCAUACAAGUUUGUUUCUAUGUAAGCCUGAUUUUUGUGGGGCUGGCAGCGAUUUGCCUGCUAACAACUAAGAAUAUGGUAACUCUUCUUUUUCGGAAAUUUCAAUGGAGUAAGAGUCGUUGGUUGAUGUCUACAAUUGUUUUCCGUUGAAGAUAAUCUGAUAAAUAUCAUGCUAAGGCGCUAACAAGGACGCCUAAUAACAACGAUCCUCAGUGACUAGAUGAUUAAGCCAGAUAAGAGACAAAGAUGCUAAGUGUUAUUUACAAAUAUUUAACAAAUGCUAAUAGCUAUUUCGUUGCGAUGUGAUCUUCAGCGAUAAAGGGUUAAAUAACUUGAGUAAGAAGACAAUUAAAAAUGAGCAUAGGUAAUCAGUUUCCAGGAGAGCUCUUCAGAGCCUACGUUGCCAUGGGGAGUGGAGCUACGAAGACUCUUAAUAUAGUUACAAACGCUGCCAACUUGGUCAAUUUGUUGAACCCACGUUUUUUAUCAGCAUAAACAAUGAGACCCAACGUGAAAGUAAAAAUUCAGGUUUUUGUUUCAGGCUGUUUCAACCAUUUCAGUUAUCAAAGAAAUACAUCUUUUGAGAGUGCCUUAUUAUCUGCAAAGAAUCCAUAAAUUUUACGGAUUUAAUUAUCAUCUGCUUACGACAGUUCCAUUCAGGAAAAGCCAAACAUUUUUUUUUUGAACAAAUGAAGUAACAUCGACGAUACGAUACAAAAGAGGUUUUCUUUUUUCUGAAUAUUUAAAAUGAUUUAAAAAGGAAUUGGGCAUUCGCUAAAUUUGGUAGCGUCUAGCAACUGUUGUUGUCAACACAGAAAUGUAUGUACUGCCAACAGAAGAAGGGAGCUUGCUGCAACUAAUUUUAUUAAUUGGUUCUUGUUCCGUGUCUUUAUCCUGUAGCGAUUUUGACAUGCCCGAUCUGAACAAUGAAGCAUAUGUGCUGAAAGGCGACAUCAACAUUGGCGCGCUGUACAGCAUCACGGAUUACGGUGAGGGCCUGAAGUGCAACAAGAAGCUCCGCCCUGAGUCUUGGGUGAUUCAGUUCGUGGAGGCCACGGUCUUCGCCAUAGAGUUCGUCAACAACAGCACCGACAUCCUGCCCAACUUAAAGCUCGGCCUGGCCAUGCUGGACUACUGCCGGACGACCAACACCGCACUGGCCAAGGCCCUUUCGUUUUUACCCAAGCCCCAACAAGACUCGUGCGCUCCCCAGUCGAGCUCAGCCAAUGCGUCUACUUCCAAUCAACACUAUGACGUGGUCGGGGUGGUCGGAACCUUCACCAGCAGCGCCACUGUCUACGUCUCCUACCUGUAUUCCGUGGCGAAGAUGCCUCUGUUGGGCUUCAUUACCACGUCGGACGAGCUCAGCAGUAAGGCGAUCCACCCGUACUUCCUCAGAGUUGUGCCCCCGGAUAAAUUCCAAGUUCUUGCAAUGCUGACUUUCAUCGCCAAGAACGGAUGGUCCUUCAUAUCUUUACUUUACGAGAAAGGAAGCUACGGGGAAAAGGCUUAUGAUAACUUUAAGCUGUAUUCUUCCAACUUCGGAAUAUGUCUUGCUGCGACCAUCAUGGUGGAUCCUACUUCAGACUACGAUAAGGUUGUCGGAAACUUGCUGGACUAUCCAAGAGCUCGCGUGGUCAUCAUUUUCGCAGGAGCGGACAACGCCGCUAAGGUCCUAAUGUCAGCGUCCAUUCACACAGGGCCAGGCCAUUUUGUUUGGAUAGGCAGCGACGGACUUAGUGACAAACUGAUCUACAUCAGAGAGCUCGCCCAGCAGUUGAUUGGCUCCUUUGUGUUUAUGUUUUACUCCAAGGAAGUGCCUGCCUUCUCAGAGUACUUUAAGAAUUUGUCAGUAAAUAAGAGCGCCAAUCCUUGGCUGAAACAGUACUGGGAAAUGCAAGGGAAAUGCAGCUUUGACAACGGCACUUGUGGUGCCUACAAGAACCCAACAGAAUUCAGCGGAUUCAAAUUUUCGACAACAGUUUCCCUCAUCUUGGACAGCGUGUUGACGUAUGCCCACGCCCUCCACAACCUUAUAGGAGAUCUAUGCCCCAACGUGACAGGAAGUGACGUCAGGGGCUGCGUAAAAAGGGAAGUGCUGUUGCGAUAUAUGUUUAACUCCUCGUUUGAUGGAUUUACCGGAAAUAUCCAGUUUAACCCCGAAGGGGACGUUCUUGGAAAAUAUGAAAUUCGGCAGAUUUCGGUUGUUGGUCUGGCUGCAGGUCAAAGUUUUGAGGUGACUGGAACUUCCGGGUCAAUGGUGGAGAUACCUAUAGCCGCCUACGAGAUUACGUGUGGAGAAAUAAAAUAUAACAAUAAUUCUGUAACAUGGGGGCACUUGACCAAGGAGGAUAAGCUGAUCAACAGGACAGACAUUGACCCCGAGAUACCAGAAUCGGUAUGCAGCCGUCCGUGCUCCAAGUUUGAAUACAGAAUUCAAAGGGAGAUCACUUGCUGUUGGGAAUGCGCCUCCUGCCGGUCGAAUGAAAAAAUUGUCAAUAACGGAACCGGAUGUGAGGCGUGCCCAGAGUUCACCUGGCCGAACGAGAACCUAACUUCCUGUUCCGUCAUUCCGCCUGUCUUCGCGUCUCCGUCCGACACUUUGAGCCUAAUAGAGAUUUGCUUGGCGUCCGUGGCCAUGGCUGGGGAGCUUCUGAUCGUCGUGGUCUACAUCAAGCACAGGGAGACUCGGGUGAUCAAGGCGUCAAGCAGGGAGCUCAGCGGCCUGCAGCUCCUGGGCAUCCUGUCAGGCUACGUGACGGUCAUCGUGCUUCAGAUCAAGCCCUCCCACGAGGCCUGCAACGUCGUCUACUUUAUCUUCUGCCUUAGCUUCGCCUGGCUGUACUCCCCCUUGCUGGUCAAGGCCAUACGGAUCUACCGGAUCUUUGAGAGCAGCGCCAAAUUCAACCUACGUCCACGUUUUGUUAGCCCAAAGUCACAGAUAGUAUUUGUAUUCAUACUGAUAUUUAUACAGGUCAUUAUUUGCAUCUUCAUACAUGUUUUCUACACGCCUACAGCACGAAAGAGGCAGCCGGUGGUGACUGAGAAAUUCGUGGAGCUCUCUUGCGACAUGACUCUCCCAGGGCUCAUCUCCUUCCUAGUCUACAACCUCUUCCUGGUCACCCUGUGCUCCAUCUUCGCCUUCAAGACCCGCAAGCUGCCCGAGAACUUCAACGAGUCCCGCUUCAUCACCAUGUGCGUGUCCACGGCCCUGAUCAUCUGGCUGUCCUUCAUCGCCACCUACUUCACCGCCACCAAGGACAAUGUCCGCGUGCUCCUGCUGUCAAUGACCUUGCUGAUCAACCACACGGUGGCGCUGGUGUUUCUCUUCCUGCCCAAGAUCUACGCGGCGGUGUACGUGGAUGGGAUGGAGACCGAGAGCAACAGGGGGAGCGUACUGAGGAACGUAGGCUCCAUGAACUCUUCCUUCUCCGCCACGGCUUUGUCCAUCUCCAACAGGGUCACGCCUCUGCCGAGGCUGAGCACCAUCAGCCAAUCAACAACAACCUGAGCGAGCUACGACGUAGCCUACAUUAUGUUAACUUCAUUAUCAUUGGAUGGCCGAGUGGUUCAUUGUUUGACUGCCGAUUGAAAAGUUUUGAUUUCAAAAACCCUUUUGGGGAUAACCGAAUGGGACCCAGCCAACGCCAUGAAUAAACUCAAUAAAAUCCAAGUCCGCCCAAAAAAUUCCAUCUUGACAUUAGUCUGUUGAAUCUGGUCAAAACCAACUUAUUUUCAAAGGACAUGUGACAUGACUUAUCUCCAAAUGACAAGUGAGCUGAAAUAUUCUCUAAACGUCAUGUGAGCUAGACUUGUCUCGAAACGUCAUGUGAGCUGGACUUGUCUCGAAACGUCAUAUAAGCUGGACUUGUCUCGAAACGUCAUGUUAACUGUACUUGUCUCUAAACGUCAUGUGAGCUGGACUUGUCUCUAAACCUCAUGUGAGCUGGACUUGUCUCUAAACGUCAUGUGAGCUGGACUUGUCUCUAAACGUCAUGUGAGCUGGACUUGUCUCUAAACGUCAUGUGAGCUGGACUUGUCUCUAAACGUCAUGUGAGCUGGACGUGUCUCUGAACGUCAUAUGAACUGGACGUCUCUAAACGUCAUGUGAGCUGGGCUUAUCUCUAAACGUCAUGUGAGCUGGACUUGUCUCUAAACGUCAUGUGAGCUGGACUUGUCUCGAAACGUCAUGUAAGCUGGACUUGUCUCGAAACGUCAUGUUAACUGUACUUGUCUCUAAACGUCAUGUGAGCUGGACUUGUCUCUAAACGUCAUGUGAGCUGGACUUGUCUCUAAACGUCAUGUGAGCUGGACCUGUUUCCAAACAAAAGAGCUGGACAUGUCCACAAACGUCAUGUGAGCUGGACUUGAUUCACAUAAAAAACAACAUCAACAACGGAUGACUAAUUUUAAUCUUGACAAACGAGGUUUCUUUGUUGUGUGUUGGCCACACAGUUUUCCUCGUAUACCAACUUUGACCACUGCAGCACGCAAGCAGUACAUUCUGAUUACCUCUUAUAUUGAAAUAUUGAACAGAAGGGGUGGAGCUUUGAAUCACUUGUUGUAUAGGUACCGAGUCCCCAUUCUUUGAUGUAAAUUAAUAGCGUCUUCCUCAAUGCCAUCCACCUCACCCCCUACUCCAUUUAAAAAAGGCGCUUGUAUGUUUCUGGUGUGAUGAUCUAAACCUUUGUAUUUCAGGCAAUAAGAAAUCGCCAUUUAAAUUCUAUAUUUAAAUUCCUUGUAAACUCUCAGUUGAUAAAGAGUGAGGAAAAAUGUAAGGCUGUUAAAUCUUACACACAGAUCUUAUUACCUUGAUGCUCAGUACAUCGCUGGGACAGCCACAAGGGAGAAAACUCAGUUAAUUCAUAAUGUUUUAAGGGAGAAAACUCUGUUAGUUCACCUAAAUAAGAGAGAAAAUUCUGUUAAUUCAUAUGAUAGUUAUUACCACGGAUAGAGAGAAAAUGCUGUUAGUUUAGCCUAUAAUGAUCAAAUUAACUAGAUCAGGUGGAAACUGGGUUUGGGUAGUCAUGUGAAACACUGCACUCAUCCUUAAACUUCGGAAUCGAAGACAGUGUCAUUAUUAACUAGAUAAGGAAGAAAACUAUGUUAGACCAUAAUUUUGAAAUUACCUAGAGAGAAAACUCUGUUAAUUUCCCCAAUGUUUCCAUUGUCUAAUAUAAGGGAGCAAACUCUGAGUUUAGUUUUAUUAAUAUUUAGAUAAUCGAGCUAAUUCUGUUAAUGCAUAAUGCUGUAAUUACAUACGCUAUACAGCGGGUGACCCCAUUAAUUCAAGGUAGAUAUCUAUGUUCUUCUAACAAGACACAAACUCCAAAAGUCCCAUAUGGAAAUGAGCAAAAAGUUAAUAACAAAUAAUUGUCAUGAUGGUUUGGUGUGAAUUGCAAGCUUUCAAUUUCAUUAUAAAUCAUCGCAAGCCCUGCAGUAUAUCGUCCAAUAGAGACUUUGGCUGAGCUGAAAAAAAAAUUUUCAUUUCUAAAGCAACGCCUGAAAUUUGCUUGCUAUCAUUGUGGUGAAAUAGUUGCUAUUUGUUUAUGUUUGUGUAACGUCGUGAGAAUGUGUUCACAACAUUGAUUUAGUGUGCUACAGUCCAAGUCUCUUUCGUCAGUUCAUGUGUCGUUCUAGUUUAAUAAAGCCUUGUUUUAGGUUAA